CCGUACUUCCAGCCCACAAAUUAUUGGCUGACAGAGUUCUCAGAUUCCUGUGUCUUUCACUUCCCAGUCUUGCUUUACCAUAGGUUACACUUUCUCAUCCCGGUCACAGUACUGAAGAGGAAGAAAAUAAUAAACAAGGAUCACUCUUAAAUAAGGCAAUCAUAUUUGAAAGUCCAACCUGUCAGGGAAAAAUGCAAAGAGGGAUUUUUUUCCGGAGCAAGAUGAGCUGUUUGGUCCCAGAGCACUCGGAACAGACUUUGGAACUCUAACUCAUUCUUAAAUAUAUUUUAAAAGACUUCAGAAGUUUUUGGACAACAGAGAACUGUCAAAGUCUGACCUACUAAAAAAAAAUAUCCCAGGAACUUACAUUCCUUUUUGCCCUUCUUACUUGACUGGACACAAAAGAGAAGGUCUGCCUGAACCUCCUUAAAAACUGGUAUUAAAGAUUAUCAAAAUACAUUUUGAAGCACAUUAUAUGCCUUAAUUUGGCACAUUGAUUCCAAGAUCCAUGCCUUUUUUCAUUUGGAUUUCUGGGCACUGAGCUGUGAGUCAAUGUACAAAGAAGACGUAAGUUGCUGAAGUGAACCUGUGCCUUUCUACACUACUUGCAACCAUGGCAAGACCUUUUGUGGAAUAUUUGUGUGGAACCUCUGAUGCCCUACGUGCAUUUGGCUGCUGACUUCUGCCUACGUGAAUUGUGGGUUCUUUGUUGUUUUAUUUUUUUUUUUCUGGAAGAGUUGUUGGCAGGAGGGGGCAGCUUAAGGGUUACCAGGGGUUCUCUUGAUGUUUGAUCAAGCUACUAGUAUGGGCGAUGGCGUGUCUGAGGAGAGGAGCCCUCUGUGUGGCAAAUCAGCCACAUCUUGUUCAGAACGAGUCAGAGACAAGGGAACAAGGGCUGAUCUGGAGUGCUCCUUGCGAGGCCACAGUCUAAAAGACAUUCCUGUGACCUCCACCUCCAGUCCCGGCUCGUCCAAGGAAGAGGUUCAGGACAGCCAGUCCACAGGAGAAGCUGAUUACUGUCGACGGAUCCUGGUCAGAGAUGCCAAAGGGACGAUCAGGGAGAUUGUUCUCCCGAAGGGCCUGGAUCUGGAUCGACCCAAACGUACCAGAACAUCCUUCACAGCUGAACAGCUUUACCGCCUGGAGCUGGAAUUUCAGAGGUGCCAAUAUGUUGUUGGCAGAGAGAGGACAGAGUUGGCAAGGCAACUCAAUCUGUCAGAAACCCAGGUCAAAGUUUGGUUUCAGAACAGAAGAACGAAACAGAAAAAAGAUCAGAGUAGGGACUCUGAGAAACGUUCCUCCUCCACUUCCGAAUCCUUCGCUACUUGCAAUAUUUUGCGGUUGUUGGAACAAGGCAGACUUUUGUCAGUCCCAGCACCACCGAAUCUGAUCUCCUCUAGUCAAAACAACAUGGGCACUUCAUCGGGAAAUGGAACCAACCUGGGGACAUCGGGAAGCACUUCACCAAUCAUCAGUACUACGCCUCCUGGAGCAGGAGCUUUCAGCCUACAAGUUCCAUCAUUAGCAGCCUCAUCUUCUCCAAGGUUACCGACCUCUCUUUGUUUUCCUGGUCCUCUAUUGGGAGGUCUGCAUGAAAUACCCUCAGGGUAUGGACUGGGGAGCUCUGCUUUUGAGCCUUACACACGCCUGGAUAGGAAAGACACUGCUUCAAGCAAGAAGUCAACUUCUUAAACACAUGACUGAAUGGAAGGUGUCUGUCUAAAUCUGAUGUGUUGGCUUCCUGGUAACAAAACACUCAGUGACUGGUGGGAAUUAUCAAAGACUUUACCAAAAUGUGUCUAGUGGUGUGUGUGUGUGUGUGUUUGUUUCACGGUUGUAACAAAGUCUGAUAUAUAUGGAGGUUCAUUACUGGGCAUAAAGGGGUUCUUGAGGCACAUCCAGGAAGCACAAAUAUAUAAUUUAUAGCCAAGUGACCCUUAAAGGGAAUCUAUCAUUAAAGACAUUUUAUAAUCUUAUUUCCAUCUAAGCACGGCCUUACAGUUUUUGUUUGUUUGACAUCCUAGUAACAGUUUUUAUUAUUAUUAUUUUUGCUAAUAUUAUCCCUUCCCUGUUGUCUACUGCUGAAUUAUAGACGUUGUGGUCCACAACUGUUACAUCACUAACAUCUCCUUAUACAGAUGUUAGAAAGUUCUAGAAGGAUUUUGACCUUAAAUUAUGCCUCUGCAAGUCCAUAUUUCAGUUUUAUUAUGUUUGGGGAAAAACAUGAUAGAUUCCCUUUAAUCAUUCAUACACCAUUGGUAAUCAAUGUCAUUAUAGUUAAGGGACCAUUAUUACAAGGCAGGGUAUGGUAAAAAAAAUGAAAAUGCAUUAUUUAUUUCAGACGUAUACAGCUUGCCAAAUGUGGGGGGCAGGGCAAUGGAAUAAAGGGGCAAUUCACUUUUCAAAAUUAUAUUUGAGUUUGAUGUGGUACAGCUGGAUAGUUCACAAAUAAUGUUCAUUUAUAUGUUUUUGUUUUUUCUAGUUACCUUUAACCAUUUCUUCUGCAACUCUACAGUCUGGCAUCUAGUUGGUGGGCACUUGAAGUCUAUAGCAACUGGGCAGUGGUUUGAAUACCAGACUGGCAGAUGACCACCUAGUGGUGGCCUUGGUGGUCUCCUCUAUGGUAUAAUGUCCAUAAUUCCAUUAUUAUACAAACCCAAGAGGCAUACCAGUAGGCCUCAAAGGUCAAGUUCUCUGGUGGGCUUUAGAAGGUCCAGUCUAACACUGAACUUGCUAAAAUACUAUAAUAAUAUUUAAGGUUUUCCCUUUCAACACAACCACCAGAUAACAGGGUAGUCACUUCACUCAACUCAACUCAACCUGACUUGGGGAAAACAUGGGAAUAGUGUUGGUCUCCAAAAAAUCUUAAAUAUCCCCCUGGUCUUAAACUAAACCACCACACAAGCCUCAGAUACACUGCAGUCAUGUACCAAUUAUUGAAUUCACACUUAUCUGUGUGUAACAUUAAUGUAGCAUUCCUUGGAUUACUGUCUUGAGUUUUUCUAGAAUAAUUUAGCCAAGAGACGGCUCAAUCUGGGCUUCUGCUCAAUAUUUAGUGCAGGACAAUGCAUUUGAUUGCCAAGGUCAUUGUAAUAACUACACGGAUGCACUAGCCUGGUGACUGGACCCCUUGUACGUUGGAAAAUGUUUUUUUUUCUGUUGUAAAGUUCUUGCAAUGUUAUGAUGAUGAAUAGUCUAUUGGAAUCAAAUAUAUACAGAUUUACUUUACUAAUAAUAUUUUCUUACACUAGUGUUUGUGACGUGUGCCGCUCAGUCAGUGGUAUAAGCCGAGAAAAUUCUUGACCUGAAGAGCUUUCAGACUAGCUUUUAAUAUUGGGGGGUGGGGUGCAAUGAUAUGAUGUAAGUUGACUCAAGAACCUGCGGGAACAAUGAAAUAUGUGGUCAGUUGAUUCCUUGACAAGCGUUGGGAUCCAGAAGACCAAGGAGUCGAUACUGGUCAACGAGCGUUCUACUAUGUAUGUUGUUUGACAAAAAAAUCCACCGCACAAGUAAAUGUCUUAAAUUUUCAACUGA